ACCAAAUGCUCGUUCCCAUGUGGGAACUACAUCAAUGAGAUAGGUGGAUUUAGGAUAGGGCCAUGACGGCAUUUCCAUUUCUUGUUUGCUGGAGCCGUAGUAGUCGGCAUGAAAGAGCGCAUUAUCGUCUGUAAUGACUUGAUCGGGGAUUAUCCCAAAGGACAAGGGAUCCAAAAUAUUGGCGUCGUCGUCUUGAUGUGGAUUGCUCGUAGUGGUAUGCGUGUGAUCAUCGUGGGUAGUACAGCUCGAAAUGGCCGCCAAGCAGGAUAUACCACUCUGGUGCCCUCUGGCAUCGGUAUCAUGACAGACCCAUUCCCCUUCGAGCACCAGCAUUCGUUGGGUAGCAACGGCCACUUGCAGUGCCAAGGCGGCGUAUUGAAAGUCUCGAGCAAACUGUUCGCUCCUGGUUCCCGCAGCCGCCUGCAUCCUCGACUGGAGUCUCAACCGACGUCCACAGACCGCGGGAUGUUGCAGGGUAUCCAUUUCCGCCAAUAGUUGUUUCUGUGCCUUGGCGUGACGGGCCAUGACCUCUUGCACGGAAGUAGUUUGUGGAUCAUCAUUAUCGUCGUGUUGUUUGUUAGUAGGAUGAAUGAUCUUAUUAUUGUGGGGUGCCGUGAAAACACCCAGAAGAAAGAAGACUAUGCAGAAGGCCGCCGCCCGCCACCACUCAGAAGAGUUGCGGAUGACCAUGGGCAAUCCAUCCUUCCUUCAGCUAGUAGAGUAGUAUCGGUAAUUGCUGGUACGAAGAGGGUUGGAUCAAUCGGAGACAGCAAACAACUCAACUCGACUUAAUGGAGUAACUGAAACGGAACCUUCUGCUUUUCUUGGAGUCAGUGAGUGAUCGAGUGAUGAGGUCGUGGCAUCACAAGCUGUGAUGUCUGAAUUCCUUCAAGGACGAAUCUUUUGGUACCACUCGGAGUGCAAGUAUGUAGUACGUGUAGUUCCGUUUGAUUGAGUCACGAACGAUCUCACUCUUUGAGAACGAGAACUUCCUCUUCAUGAUUUGUUCUGUUGGGUUUCGUCACCGCUUUCACUGUGGCAACAACACUUGUCUUGUCGAUGGUGCACGGUGUGUUUGUUCUAUAAAAUAGAAAAACAACAAACAGAACAAACAACAACAAGAACAACAACAACCAAAGAGUCUUAUCCUCCUCUCUUCUAGAGCUAAAGACUUUUUUGUUUGUAGUGUGUUGUGUGGCAAAUUAUUGAUAUCCUUCCUUUGUUCUUUCGGUGACAGCAUUUUUCUUCUCCUCCGUGCACGACUCGUCAUCUCAUUAUUCUGCAACAGAACUUCAUGUUGCCGUUGUGAACUCAUAUCAAUCCCAUUGUGGCGUAGAAAGAAAAGAAAGACUUCAACAAAGUAACAAACCAAAAAGUUUGUCGAGUCAAUCAUCAGAACUUGAGAUUCAGAUUUUGUGGCGAACCUCCGCACGCUCUCAUCAUCAGUGUCAAGAAGAAAGUGAAAAAGAAAAAGCAAGGGUUCCCUGACAGAGCAUAGGAAUUCACUAUCAUAGUGCUACUAGUAGUGUACUAGUAUAAGAAGAGCUGUUGCUUGGUUCAUGUCAGUCACCAGCAGACUGUCGAAAGAUUCCUACCAGUACUAACAAGAGGCUCACAAUUGAUCCACAAUCCACUCUACAUAGCAAAAGUCAAGUCAAGUCAACUAUGAAGUCCUACACGAAUUCUUCCAACCAACUUUUAUCUUCCUUUCGCUCCAGUUUGGUAGAUCCACCACCCGCUUCGAUGAGUAGCGCCAGUACUGUCGUUGUACCCCACCAAGGAUCGCUCUGUCGCAUGCAAGAUGACGAUGGCGCAUCAACAUACAUAAUUGACAUUUGCCUUGAAGAUGGACAGACACACGAUUUGAUUUUCGCGGCCCAAGAUUUCGACUUUUGUUCCAAACUUUUCGCCAUUCUCGAUACGGAAAGCAGAGGAGCCGUCGAACGGCGGACCAUUCACGAAUUCGUCACGCUCCGUUGUCCCGUCUUUUUGCGACGAGAUGAAGAUUUGAGACGAUCUUCUUCUGCUUGCGAUCAUACAACAAGUCAAGCUAAAAGCAACAACCACAACAAGAGCAGUCCCACAUUUGAUGAAGUAUGGAAAUCCGUUGUGGAAAGCAGCCGCGUGCCCGAAAUGAGAUUGACACCAGAGGACAUGCGAAAUGUCGAGUUGGGCGUUGAAUCUUGGAUGGUCUUUUGUCGAUUCAUUGCUCUUGCCCAAUACCUAGAAGCCAAGAGACGAUUCUCGGCACGCCACUUGCAACAAACCAUGCGACAUCGAAACUCGCCCAGAGGAAGUGAACUCGUCGUGGUCGAUGUUCCACCACCCGAACCACCCGUCCCACUCUCGAGAGAACAACUCGCCAACUACGAACGCAAGAGUCAGACGCCCCUGCCUCUACCGGAACUCGAUCUCGAUCACAGUUUGCUCGCAGCACACGAGUCCUCCAAACGACGGGCGUCGUCGUCGUCACAGCAAGGCAUUGUCAAAAUCAGUCUUUUUGGAUCACAGUCACACACGUAUCCCAGCAUGCCAUCCUCGUCCAACAGCCACAACCACAAUAAUAUUGAAUUCAAGGUAUCCUACAUGAAAAGCCACGAAGAUGGACCGCCCAUUGUCGUGAGACGGUCCAUGGAAGACAUGAAGUGGCUCAAUGACACUUUCACGUCACACAAGGUACUCGGAGGCACGUUGUGUGGAAGAAUCUUGCCCCCGUUUCCAAGACAUGGCAAACAACAUAACCUGACCAUGGCACAGUUUCAACGAGACAACGAUACCAUUUUGAAUGCGUCCACCAGUAUCAAGAAUACCACCGGUGGGGCCAUUGCGGCGGCUGCGGCAGGAGUGGAGAUACUCAAAGAUACCACGACAUCCAUGUUUGGGCUCGCCAAGACGCUCUGGAAGACUACCACAUCGGGGCAAAUAAUAAUAAUGCCCAACUCACAGGGCAUUAUUACCACCAUUCAGCCCAAAAAGGCGUUGCCACCUAACAAACCCAAGGCCAAGCCAUCACCGUCGCUGUGUUUGGCAUUGCCAGAGAGCUACUACAAUCCCAAUUCACCCGCUGGAAGGGCACGCCAGAUCGAACGAUACUUGAACUACCUGCUAGAGCAUCCGGCGCUCUCCACAUCGUUUCCUCUCAACACAAUUUUGAAAGCAAGUCAAUCGGGCCUAGAAGCUGCCAAGCAAUCCUUGGAAGAAUGCCUGCGUCUAUCAAAAGAAGUAAAAGAGCAAACGCCACAACUGGUGGACGGAAAGACAAUUCUGCCUUUCUGGGGUUCUUCCUCGGGCGCGCAUCCCAGUCUCUCGUGGGUCCGAACUGCGGCCCAGGCAGCCAUGGCGCUGAAAGUACACGGGAUCUUGGAAACCACCGGAAUGCAGUCGGCCAGUGCACGGCUACAACACGCCUCUCUGCCCAAUUUUGAUCAUCCCGGUGGAAGGCAAAUGGAUUGGGGAGACGAGGAACAAGACGAUAAUGCCAACAACAACUCUGGCAAUAAUGCUGAUGCUGCAGCUGAACCGCUGAGUGCGGCAGAACAAAUUGGUAGCUUUGAACAAGGGGUGGUCAGCGUACUAAGUGAACUACAGGCUGAAGUACGACCCCCCAACGACGACGAUGGAUACGACUUGUUGCCACUCCCGAUACCAGCUCCAGAACGGCGCAUCUUGAGUGCGGGCUACUCGCAGGGUCAUCAGACAGACUCAUCGUCCGUCUCCAGUGGACCAGGGGGUUCGGUGGAUUCACGGGAAGCUCGGUUUCAUUACGGUACCCAAACCCUGCGUCGCCGCUUUCCUGUGGACGAAGAGGACGAUGCUCGUUCGGCUUUUCUAGGGGAUAUCUCGGUGGACGAGCACAUUGACAAGCUCCGCGAAGUUAUUGGAUCAGUCGACAACACACUGUCGCGCUGCCUUGCCAGUGGAGGUGCUAUUGGAAGGGCUCGUCGAGAGCGGUUGACACUUCACUUGGAUAUUGUGCAGGGCUUUGAUUCCUGGAAGGGGUUGCGUGGCAAAUUCAUCCAACAGAGAGCACUCUUGAAAGGAGUUUCGGGUAUUGAACAAAGCAGUGAGGUGUACGAAGAGAGCGACCUUGUCUUGAUUGACGACAUGUCAUGGCAGACUUCGCUUGCCAACUCGGCCGUGUCGGCGGCUGAGGAUGUGCGUUCAGCUGUCAGGGCUGCAAGAACCGCCGAGAAUGCCAAGGCCGCAGCAAGCGCAGCAGCAUACGCGGCACAGAGUACUUGCGAUGCCGGAGGAUUCCCAUCAAUCGACGAAGCUCGAGCAGCUCAGACUCGCGCGUCGAUUGCUCAAAGCCAUGCCUUUCAUGCAGCUGUUGUGGAGCAUGAAGCCAAAGCCGUCAAAAGGAGGGCCACUCUUGCGUUGGCCCACGACGUCAAAUGCUGGAACGUUCACCGCAAACGAGAGAUGCUUCAGGCCUGCGUUUCACAUGCUCGUUCUCAGCUGGAAGCCACCCGAAGAGCUGUGGAUGCUUGGUCUUGCCUUCGGGAUGGUUUCAUCGGCUCAACGGUGAUUCCGGCGGCGCAGACAAGAAAAGCCCCACCUUCCGUCCCAACUUACAGAGUACAAACCGGGAUCAACCACCCCAGCAAUGCCUCAGAAGCAUCGUAUUCGCAGUCUUCUUCUUUUGGGAACACCUACAUGCAACAACAAAGCCAAAGCCAAUCCUCCGCUGUGACCACGGAUACGUUGGGCGAAGGUGUCUUUGCUGACUUGUUUGGUGUUUCCAAAGCCAGUUCUUCUUCUGGGUUCUCGUCUGGCAAUCUCCAGAACUCCCAGCCAGGGGCAUCGGCUUGUUCAAUUGGCAUUGUGCGUGAGGCCAGUACCGGCACCGAUGACGACUUUAAUUGCAUCGAUGCGUCCGAAGUCCCUCUCCAGCAAUCCGACCAUGAAGAUGCAACUGCGACAAUUUUCCAAGAUACGGCGGGAAAACCCGUCAUUGUUGCUGUGGAUCACAACAUACUCGCGAGCGCCCCAGCUCCGCUGCCAUCGGAAAUGAAGCCGAACGAUGCAGCCAGAGCGCCAGCUGCUGACAAGACCGAGUCAGAAGAUUCAGUUCUUCCCUUUGCUCAGCCCAUCCUGCCACCGUUUGCGACAGCAGCACCACUGGCAGAGGUCUCCAUGGCGGCAGCCCCUAUCGCUGAGGUAUCAAUGCCAAGGGACUGUGUGAGCGGUGGAGCUCCGCCUCAUCCCUUUGAAGAUCGGAAGAAGAGAACCAAAGAUGAGCACGAAAUUAUGAGUGAAUCCAUGCAGAGUCUGGUGGACGGCUUGAUGAGUUGGGGUGGCCAGUUCGAGGGCGAAGACGUCUUGCCAACUGGCAUGGCAGCGAGCAUUGCGUUUGAAUCAAGUGAUACGAUGCAAUGAGCACGCAACAAGCAAGCAAGCAAGCAAACAAACAAAGAACAAACAAACCGCAAUAGAAACCAUAAAGAAAGUAAAAUUAAUAAUAAAACAAGCAGUUAACAUUUGCUUUGUGCCGUGACUUCAAGCUGUGAUGGCUGGUUUCUUUGGCAUUGUUUUCCUUCGCCAUCAAGUCGGGCCACACCUUUCCUUGAACUGGCUUUUAGCCCAGUCUUUUGCAAUAAGAGUUGUUUCGGUGCUGUUUUGUUCCGUCGCAACUCCUUGUUUCGUUGCAUGCCGAUUGGACGCUUGGAGUCUUCAAUAUCCAUUCUCCGGCCUUUUUCGGCACCAGGAUGAGUUACAGUCACACCCUCUGCAUAAGUAUCAGGGCUCGGUUGGGUCAGGGGUCAAACAUGGGGCCAAGCUUGAGGGCACGAUGCUUGAUGUUGGGGGAACCAUGUAGGCACAAAUGAGAUUCUUGAACUAGCUAGAGCAAUGUAGAGUGGGGGCAUUGCGUCUUGUCAGCACUGAUGUCAGCAAGCCAUUGCGUAAGGGCUUGGACUUUGGCGUGCUCGGGUGCUUGCAAGAGUGAUUAGAUGAAGGUCAUACGAUUUUAGCAAAAAAGUGACUGAACUAAGUAGGUGCUGCAAAAGGCAACACCAACCAUCGUCAUGAGCGGUACAGAUGCUCUGUUGGAACAAUGCCCGUUGUCUUUGCCAGAGCAGGUAAAACUGGUGGACCAAGAGUGAAUGCGUGUAGCUAUUCUCAAAAUGAGCUCCAGGACCUCUACUUGCGCUUUGGUGUUCCUCUCCCAUUUUUUGCUUUUCUACUCGUUACAAGGUUUUGUAAGCAAACUAGUUGUUUAUACUGCAAGUGUAUCCUUUGUAUCACUUGGGACUAAAUAAUCAAGAAAGAACUUCAUAAAGUUGCCACACGCAGUGACUUAUCUUUCCAGGUGAGCAUAUCGGUAGUACCGUACCUGGAAACGGGUUACCUGCAAGAAGAACCCGCGCGCACCAAGCCCACCGGAAGCAUUCUUGGCUGCACCUGUUUGUUGCAAAUGUAUAUUUAUUUCUUGCCCUGCUUCUUAUUGUCGUUUUUGUCACUGGCAGCCGCGUUGGAUGCAGGAUAGGAGAAUGACGCCAGAGCAUCGCUGAGCCUUGCUUGUUCUUCGGCCCUGCUAUCCAAGGGAAAUCCACUCUUUUCCAAUCGAUCGUAUGUCUUUUCGCUUUGAAUGUUAAAGGCGGCAGUUUCGGCGGAUGGAUUGGCACCACCGACUUGUCGUUUUUCGUAGGCAUAUGCCGCCGGUGGUCGAAAGGCCGAUGCCAGACCACCGCCACAUGUACCACAGUUGCAUCCCGCACCAUGAUCACUGCACAUGGCACAGUUGCAUCCGGCAUCAUGAGUGCCACACAUGGCACAGUUGCAUCCAGCAUCAUGACCGGAGACACAGGAACCACACUGACAUCCUGCGACAUGAACACCGGUGGUGCACGUUCCACAGUUGCAAUUUUUGGCAUGGAGGCACUGGCCACAGGCACAACCACCCGGAUGCGACAGUUGUUGCUGCUGACUCAAGACCCAUCCCAUGGUAGCUCCGGUCGUUGCGACCGUGGCUUGCUGGAGGAAUCCGCGACGGGGCAUGGACAAAGCUGAUGCCACAUUGUUGUUGUGUUCACCUGGAGUGGCAGAGAUAAAGACACAAACGGCCAAUGGCAACGAAAAGCGGAGCUGGGUCAUCGUUUUGGCUUUGUUGGAUGGUAGCUUUGGUAUAAAAGCUGAUGUCUGCAAUCUACAAAGAAAUGAUAACUACUUGAAGAGAUGAUGUGGACGAUAGCAAAGCCACGAGAGGGAACGAUGGAGGCAAUACAACCUUGUACAAAUUUAUUUCCAUAUUAUUACGAUUAUCCUAACGUGUCCGCUACGAUACAAAGUGGUUGCUUCGGAUUGAAUAAUCAACUAAUAAUAAAAUACAGAUACGGGUAUACCGAGAUCCAAUUCUUUCCAUGGAAAAAUGAACUUGAUGUCAUGCUUGCCACGGCAACGUCAGUGGCCCUCCACUGACGCACAGAGCAAUUUACGUGUUGAGAAGGUCACCGCCCCGCUGAAUGAGGAGGCUCACGAUCGAAACCCCUCGCCCAGU